CAGUUGCGUAAGCGCACACGCUGUCGCACGAGUGUACAAACGAAGCGUCAAGUAGUUACGAGGGACACAGUGCCGCAAGCUGUUGUCAGCUUCUAACCUCGUAUGCGCCAUACCCCUUGAUAUUAUAAUCUGAUGACAAGCCCUGUAAGCACCUGAUGCACGUUGACCACAGUGGUGUUUUGCUGGAGCUCACUGAAAGACCACAACUAUGUCACCAAUAAACCUCCACUGUCAAACACCCUUGAAGAAAGUUGAUGUCCUCAGUCAGUAUCUGCCAGGUCGUGAUGUUUAUCUCAAAAUGGAGUCUAGCCAAGUGACUGGGUCAUUCAAAAUGCGGGGCAUUGGCUGUAGAGCCCGAAAGGCAGUGGAGAAUGGGUGCACACAUCUGCUCAGUUGUUCAGGAGGAAAUGCUGGCCUGGCUACAGCAGAAGCUGCCCGACUGCUCUCAGUACCCUGCACCGUUGUUGUUCCACAAACAACCACCCAGAGAAUGAUUUCAAGAAUCCAGGAGAAAGGUGCCACAGUCAUUCGUCAUGGCGAUAAUUUUAAUACUGCCCAACACAAGGCUUUCGAAUUAGUGAAUGAAAUUAAGGGAUCAGUGUAUGUUUCACCUUAUGAUCACCCAGAUAUAUGGGAAGGUUGCACAACUGUUGUACAAGAACUGAGUUCAGAAAUGUCCGAGAGACCAGCUGUAAUAGUUGCGUCUGUAGGGGGUGGUGGCCUGUUGACAGGUAUUUUGGAUGGCCUCAAGGAAGUAGGCUGGCAAGAUGUACCUGUCCUUGCAAUGGAAACAAAUGGUGCCCACUGUUUCAACCUAUCUAUGAAAGCUUCACAAAUUGUAGCAAUGGAAAAAAUAACCAGUAUAGCUACAUCCCUGGGAGCAAGAACAGUUACUGAGGGACUAAUGGAACGUGUGCCCCACUUUAAAGUAAUAUCUGAAGUUGUAGAGGACAAGGCAGCAGUUCAGAGCUGUCUGAAGUUUGCAGAACUGGAGAAUGUGGUGGUGGAACCUGCAUGUGGAGCCACACUGGCAGCCCUCUACUCCGGUAUUCUGUCGAAGCUGGACUCUGAGCACCGCAUUCCACCAGGUCCUGCUGUUCUCAUUGUAUGUGGUGGUACUGGAGUUACUCUGGAUCAGCUGCAGACUUGGGCUACACAACUGCAGUAACUAGUGUAGUCCAUGUGUACAAAUUAUAUCACAUGAUGGUACUUUUCCUUUUUCUACAGACAUAAUACAGUAGUUAAUGCUGAAAAAUUCAGGGACUCCAAGAACUAUUUACAACAAAAAAUGUUUAAUGUGAAAAUAUAGUGAGAUAUCUGUCCAAAUAUGGUUGCACUGAAUAUAACAGCUUAUGUUUUACAAACCAGAGCUUUAAUUUUGGACCACACCAUGAGAAUGACCCAUUUCCUUCAUGCCUUUCCGUAAUCAUAGGUAACUGUAAAAUCUAGAAGAAAAGCUAAACUGUAUUAUUUAAGCUACAGAAUUAGAGAUGAAAUAAUGAGAAUGGAAUGGUGACACUUCAGAGUUAAAUAGCAAUAGGUAUUCUGAACAACCUUUAAGACAUUUGCAUAAUAUUUUCUCUAUGCUUGAUGAAAAUUUGUAAGAUCUGGGCUAUGUGUGCUUAUAGUCUUGAAUGGUUGGUGCAAAGCAUAAAUAAAUCAGUAGUGGCACCUGAAGUUCUGCUAUAGGCCAAUGCUGUCAAAUCACACGUACUGAAAUGCUACUGCAUGAAUACGUAGAUUGGUUGUGAAGGAGCUUUUUCUUUUUCUAUGGACAGAUCAUAAUUUUUUACAACAUGUUUACUGCUGCAUGGCGUAGUGAUGGAUGUUUCACUGCCAGGCCACAGUGUCGUGCAGAGCUGUGGCUGCUGGUGGCCUCUAAGCUGUCAAAAUGUUAAUGAUAUAGAUAUCCUUCAUGUUAUAAUAAUAAUGUGUGUGUAAGGCAUUUGUUGGUGAUAAAGAUUGCCGUAGAACACUAAUACAAUGAUGUUUCAU